CGUAUGAUGUCAUUUCUAAGCGACUUGACUCUGACGAGUGUCCUCCAUGGUAUGUUUUUAUUUCGCUAAGGGUGAAAAUUUAUUUGGUUACUCUUCCCUGUCCAGAAAUGCCUGGUUAUACCGCAGACGAAAAGCUGCGCAUUGAACAGCUGACGAAGCUACGAAGGCAAUGGCUCAAGGAUCAAGAACUGAGUCCCCGGGAGCCCGUUCUUCCGCCCAAACGUGUAGGAGCUGUGGAGAAAUUCUGGGCAAGAUUUUUGGAGCCGAAAAGCUUGUGGAGACUCUACACAUUUAAAGCGUACAAUGCCGGAGUGUUCACCUUUACAAGGUUGAUAAUUCCAGCUUGGAUUGUACACUACUGUGUAAAGUACCACAUCGAUAAACGUCCCUUUGGCAUUGUGGAGAUGAAGCCAAGGCUAUUUCCUGGAGACACAGUUCUGGAAACUGGAGAAGUGAUCCCCGCCUUCCCUGAGGAAGAAGGCCAUGGUCACCAUUGAAGAGGAGGAUGAAAGUCACAAAGCAUGAUUAUAUGUCUUUCUGUUGUAAAAAUCAUUUAUUUAUCAUUAAAACAAAUAUUGACAAAUA